UUGCAUUUUCUACACCACAAAUUUAUGUUCUUUUUAGAUAAUAAGAAGAUAACCUAGUCAACUAUACUACUAUUUCCACUGUCAUCUGCUAUUCUAGUAAGUCUAGUUAACCAACUCAAACCAUGAAAUCUAAUCAUCAGCCCAUUAUCAUAUUCAUCAUCAUCAUAACAAUCAACAACCCAAUAUCAGCUAACCCUGACCCGAAAACCAGCAUAGUAUUCACCACUUUGGGCCGUACUAGAUAUGCCUUUGAUAUAUUUUCCCUCCCUGUUAACAGCCCCUUCAACCCCACUACCGAACUUCAACUAACUGACGGCAAGUCCGUUAACUUUAACGGCCAUUUUGCAAGUUCCGUUAAUGAUCAAACCCUGAUCACCGACGACCCAACUGUCAAAAACCAACCAGCAACCCAUUUGGUUUAUGUUACUGAACGUAAUGGGUCAUCAGCUAUCUAUAUGGAUGUUGUUUCUUACAGCAAGACUGAGUCGACUCGGUCUCGCUCUGUUCUUGAGACCGAUCGCUCUGUUGUUGAGACGGAGUUGACUCGGUCUCAAAGACGCCUGGUGGGUGGUGGUGGUGAAGGGAUAUCAAUGAAAGAUAGACCGAGUCUGGUAGGUGAUGAGUUGAUAUAUGUUUCAACACGUGAGGAGACGGGUGUGGGUCGGACGAGUUGGGCCGCGGUUUACACGACUCAGUUGUCGACCGGGUUAACUCGCAGGUUGACUCCGAAAGGGGUGGCAGAUUUCAGCCCGGCGGUUUCUCCGUCCGGUUUGUGGACCGCGGUUGCUUCUUUAGGAGAAAAGGGGUGGGGCGGGGAAGUGGAGGAACUGAAUACGGAUAUAUAUGUUUUCUUGACUCGGAACGGGUCGGGCCGGGUUAAGGUGGUGGAACACGGUGGAUGGCCGAGUUGGGUUGAUGAGGAGAGGUUUUACUUUCAUAGAAGAGGUGAUGAUGGGUGGUGGAGUGUUUACAUGGCGAUUCUUUCUAUAGAUGGGUCGUUUUCAGUUGACUCGGUAGUGAUUCGGCGAGUUACGCCACCGGGUCUUCACUCGUUCACCCCUGCUGCUUCAGUAGCUAAUAAGAAUAUUGUUGCUGUGGCAACUAGGAGGCCCGGUUCAGAUUAUCGUCAUAUAGAGCUAUAUGACAUUGUUUCCGGGUCGUUUAAGGAGUUGACUCGAUUGGUGGCGCCACGGGCUCAUCACUUUAACCCGUUUAUGUCUCCUGAUUCUAAGCGAGUCGGGUAUCACAGAUGUAGAGGGUCCGGACGAAAGGGAAAGAUGGUUAAAAAUGAUUUGUUUCUUGAGAAUAUCCAAACCCAAAGACCCGGAAUUUCUUUGUUUCGGAUCGAUGGGUCAUUUCCUUCGUUUUCAAAAGAUGGAGAUCGGAUCGCUUAUGUGGGUUUGCCAGGUCUUUAUGUGGUCAAUAGUGAUGGGUCGAAUCAUAGAGAGAUAAUUCCGGAUUUAACUGCAUUUUCGACGGCAUGGGACCCUAAGCGCAAAGGCGUGGUCUAUACUAGCAUUGGGCCCACCUUUGCGAGUGUUGACACUGGCGUUGAUGUAGUCUCGGUAGAUAUUGAUGCCGACCAAAUUAGUUAUACGAAACUCACGAUAGGGGGACAAAACAAUGCAUUUCCAUCAGUUUCACCUGAUGGAAAAUGGGUUGUUUUCAGGUCCGGUCGAUCAGGUUAUAAGAACUUAUACAUCAUGGAUGCCUUUGAAGGUGAAAAGGGAGGUCUAACGCAGUUAACCAAUGGCCCGUGGUCAGACACAAUGUGUAACUGGUCUCCUGAUGGGGACUGGAUUGCAUUUGCAUCAGACCGUCAUAGUCCUGGUUCAGGAAGUUUUGCGUUAUACAUGAUCCAUCCAAAUGGAACUGGUCUCCGACAGUUGAUCCAUAGCGGUGAGGCUGGACGUACAAACCAUCCAUGGUUCAGCCCAGAUGGGAAGUACAUCGUAUUCACAUCAGACUAUGCUGCUGUUUCUGCUGAACCAAUAUCCAACUCGCAUCACUAUCAACCAUAUGGAGAGAUAUUUACCAUGAAGUUGGACGGUUCAGAGUUAACUAGAUUGACCCAUAACUCGUAUGAAGAUGGAACGCCGAGUUGGGGACCCAUAUAUAUGAUGCCUAAGAAUGUCGAGUGGUCAAUAGGCGAGCAAAAAUGCUCAUUUGAGGAUUGCCAAUGGCUCGCUAUAACCAACAGUGAUGAUGAUGGCAAGAUCAAAUGUGGUGGCUAACAAGUGCCUUAGAUUUGCCUGCUUGCUGUCUUGUCAAGAAUGCAAUAAAUGAAUAAAUAGAUGAUCUCAUUAGCAUGUAUAAAUAAUGUUUAUAUGUAUAUCAAUAUCAAUUAUACACUAAAAGCUAGCUUUUUCUUA